AUGGACGGGUUUCCGGGCCGUGACGACCGGAAGAAAACCGUGGCGGCUUCCGAUUUCCGGGUCCGCGCUCGCUUUUACGCGAUCCGCCAGGUUGACGGCGAACGGGCGUACGACUGGUACAGGCGGGUGAGGGCGGCCGCCGUGCCGUGCGGGUUCGGCGUCGUCGACCAGCCGCAGUGGACACCGGUCGUGGACAAGUUCGUUACGGGGCUGCGGCCAGGUCCAGUGGCCGACCGAUUACUAGGCGAACGAGCGGACGGCCGACUGGACGUCUUGCUGGCCGCGGCGGUCGAGGCCGAGGCAGCUUCGGCGGCCGACUACGGUGCUCGUCGUCUGCUUGCCGGCGGAGCGUCGCCGGACUUGCUGGCCGAGAUACGUGAAGGAUUGAAGCUGUACCGGUACAGCAGCGAUGCAUACGAGAGAGGUCUCAUCAGCGGCGGCGCAGGCGACGAUCGGGUAAAACAUUUAAAUGGCCGCCAUCACUUGGGCCAAACCCGGAACAGGUCGUUGGUAGUGACAUUGGCGCAAAAAGCGUUUGCGGUUUGGGGCCUCCGUUUCUUUUUUUUUGGGUGGAGGGUCUUCAAGGGCUUUUCUUCGUUGGUUCGUAAGUUCUUCAAUGGUUAG